AUGAACUCCCAAGAUAAGCUUCUCCUAGAUGCCUCUAGUGGAGGAUCCCUCACCAAAAAUAAGACCGCCGAGGAAGCUUGGGAGAUCAUAGCGGACUUGGUGGACUCCACUCAACACUCAAGGGCAAAAAACCCACAACCAAAGACUUUAAGUGAAGUUUCUCCUUCCGGAGAUGCCAUUUUGACAAAGACCCUUGGUGAGAUGACAAUUUUGUUGAGACAAAUUACCCAAGGGCAACAAAUUCCCCAAGCCUUGAUAUGUCCUCCACCUCAACCUCCAAGAAUUGAAGGACCACCAAGAUCAUGUGGUAUUUGUGCUUGUAACAACCAUUACACCGAUGAGUGCCCUCAACUCCAAGAGGACACUACAUUAGCGGUAGCCAAUCCAUACCCACAAAUACCUAACUACAAUCAACAUGGAGGAAAUCAAAACCAAGGGUGGAGGGAUAAUUCUAAUCAAAGGUGGAACCAAGCCCCACAAGCUCAACCUUACCCAAGACAACAAGCCUACUAUCAUCAAGCUCCUCAAGGGAAGCAUCAAGCUAUCACCCUUAGGAGUGGCACCAAGUUGGAUGAAAUUGGUGUUGUGCCUACAAGUUCAAGUGAGGAAACCCACAAAGAAGAGGUGGGAGAGGAUAUGGAAGUGAUGAAGGAUGAAGAGGAAGAUGUUGAGAAGGAUGAGGAACAACCGCUCAAGGCCAAGGAGCCAAAGAGGAAAAAUCUGAUUGAAGAGCCUAUGCCCAUUCCAUUCCCAACUUUGGCAAAGAAGCCCAAGAAGCAAGAACAACUUGACCCCAGCAUGGUGGAAAUUUUUAAGAAUGUUGAAGUCAUUGUCCCUCUAUUUCAAGCCAUUAAACAAGUGCUGAAAUAUGCCAAGUUCCUCAAAGAUGUUUGUACCCACAAGGAGAAAAUUGGCGAACUCAACAAAAGGCCGGUAGAUGAUUCUAUCUCUUCUUUAAUUCCUGAAAAAUGCAAUGAUCCCGGCCCAUGUUUGGUUACUUGCUUGAUUGGUGGAAUAAAGUUCACGGACUGUAUGUGCGACUUGGGGGCGUGCGUAAGCAUUAUGCCACUCCCCAUUUAUGAGAGAUUGAACUUGUCACCCUUAAAGAGGUCCGGGGCGAGAUUCGUGUUGGCCGAUAAGAGCAUUGUAUCAGCUGUGGAGAUUGCAGAAAAUAUUCUGGUUGACAUCCAAGGUUUACUCUUCCCGGUAGAUUUCCACAUUUUGGAGACUCCUCCCAUUGACUCAGACAGGCCAUCAUCCAUUCAAUUUGGGAGGCCGUUUCUAAAGACAUCCCGAUUCAAGCUGGAUACACAUUCAGGAGUCUAUUCUUUUGAGGCCGAUGGCAAGGUAGCAAGAUUCACAUUGGAAGAAUCCAGGAAAUCCAUCCUCGAAGCCUAUUCUAUCUUUGGAUGCGAUAUAAUCGAAGAUGAAGUGAUUGAGGUUGGCAAGGAACAAGAAGAAGAGAAGGUUGCCAAGAAGUCUGAUUCAAGAGAUCACACUCAACCCAAGAAUGCCAAGGAGUUGGAGAUUUUCCACCUUGGAGAAGUUCAAAGUGACCAAUGA